UUAUAUAUAAUUAAUUUAGCUGAUGGAUUACUGGCUAUGUGGAAAGUACGAAAGUACGAAUUUGUAUUUAAUACAAUUCACUUAGCAAUUACUUGCGCAUUACAUAUACAGGAGAUACUACAAUCUUCCAAAAGUCACGUUAAGUUAUUGUCGAGAGGAAAAAUGUCAAUAUCCGCUGGAAACAUAACGUUUUCCGUAAUAGGAGAUGAAAGGGCUCGUCAUUUUAUCGUAGGAGGAGCACCGCUGAUUGAAGCGCGCAAAGCUAAAAAAGUUUGUAUACCGGGUGAUCUAGUUUUGGCAUCCAGUGCUUGGGAUCAUUGUACGCCCUGCAAUUACGAAUAUGUAAUAAAAGAUUCGUGCAACGUCAAGAUCGCCAGUGUAAUUGAACAUCCAAUGAGACACAGAGAGAGAAUUCGUGAUCCUCAUGUACAACCGUCCAUAAUGAAUAACAGUGACGUUUCAUUUGAGAGCAGAAGACAAACUGACAUUCUCGAAAGUCGCGUGACGUCUAACGAAAGUGGAAAGUUAUCAGACAAUCUUAAUAUUACCAAGAGAUUUUCUUCGGUAGAAGAACAUGAUAUAGGAUAUGAAAUAUUUACUGGACGUAUCUCUGUGGCGGAAGCUACCAGAAGGAAGUUAGGAAUUCAUCUGAGGACAUUUAUGCUGAAACCAGUUUUGCAACAAAUAGCUAAGGAUGAGCCGUUGGAAAAUUUGUCAGAACUUAGAAGAGUUACAGUGGUAUCGAUCAACAUGAUUCCUGAAAAGUGUGCAAUAUUUGAAUUGAUAACAUUAUUGGAUGAGUGUUUUAUGACUCUUAAUCGUAUAAUUCCUAAUGAUAUGGGAUGCAAAGUGACUUUGCUCGAUAAAGAUGUUCUUUUUUUAAUUGUUUUUGGAUUGAGAGGAUAUGAGACACAGUAUCAUUGUAAAAAUGGCAUAACUUCAGCAAUGAAAAUGCUUAAAGCAUUGAAAUCUAUACCUGGAGUAAAGACUGUAUCCAUAGGUGUAACUACCGGAAUGGUUUUUUGUGGAGUCAUUGGCCACGCAGUCAGAAAACAGUAUGCGAUACUAGGUGGAGCAGUGGAAAAAGCACCAAAGAUAAUGUUUGGUUAUUCGGACAAGGUGAUAUGCGAAUUCGAUACUAUUCUUCAUAGUAAAUUGCCAAAAAGUAAAUUCAUCUCUCAAGGAAUUAAGGAACUCAAAGGAUACGGUUCAUGUCAUAUUUAUCAAUUCAUCGAUGACCCACUGAAAUCUGAAAUCAUGGAGCAUACUGGAAACUUACAAUAUGAUUAUCCAAUACUGGGUCGAUUCCAAGAGUUGGAAUUAUUUUUAGACGUUCUGGAUGAUAUUGGAGUGAUUAAUAGAUUAUACUAUGGAAUAUUAAUCAGGGGUAAAAGCAGAACUGGCAAAUCCAGAAUUCUGGAUGCUUAUGCAGCAAUUAUCAGAUCACGACGGUUAAUGUCAAUUAAUCUAUCGUUACAAGCGAUCUACGAGCAAAAACCAUUGUCAGUCAUUUAUCGUAUUCUCGUGAACAUCGUCGGUGUGACAGACUGUGAUACCAUUCAAGAGCGUGAAAGAGUAUUAAUUCGAAAAUUAGCUCCCAUUGUUCCUGAGAAUUCUCUUUGCUAUCUGAAUACUCUACUGCGUGUGAACUUUCAACUUUCUGAUGAAUACUGUGCGGAUAAUGAUUGGUCCCGACACGUCAAGACAAUGGAAAUAUUCGACAGCAUUUUGGGAAAGUUCAACGAAAGAAAAUGUAUUCUUCUGGACAACGUACAAUUCUUAGACCGCAUGUCGUGGCAAUACAUAUGCAGAGCUUUGACAAAUGACAACAUCGUUUUGGCAAUGACAAUACUGGAAUCUGAUUCAGGAAUAUCACAAGUCUCAUCAGACAUUAUUGGCCAUCCUAAAUUAUUCAAGUGUUCAUUGAGCGAGUGGGACUCCAAACAAAAUGUGGCCUUCGCUUGUCAAUUAAUGAAUGUCAGGGCAAUUCCCAAGAAACUCGAAAAAGACUUGAAGAAUCAUAAUGACAAAACUCCUGGGUGGUGCGAAGCAUAUGUUACUUUAGUACUUCAAAAUAAGGCACUGAAUUUUCUUCACUUGAGUUCAGCAGAGGCGCGUCAAAAAUUAUUAACUUUUCCACCUGUCAGUUUAAUUAAUAAAAAACCUAAGGAUUUCCUACCAGAAGAAGUAAUAGUUUCGUCACCCUUGACAGAUAAGGGUCGUGUUUUCGUUUGCUUACUGAAUAGAAAAUAUAAUGACGUUCCUAGGAAUUUAUCAAAGGCUGAUGAUAUAAUGAUAAAAGUAUAUACCAAUCUCAAUCCCUAUGAACAGGAACUGUUAAAGUGUGCUGCUACGUUGGGAUAUGUAUUCACACGUAACAUGUUGCAGUCAGUCAUGUUUAAUUACACUGUUCAGCAUACAAACAGCGCCAUUGCCGAAUUAAUAAGGAUACAAAUUUUAGAAUGUGCCUCAAUACAAAGACCGAAUAUUUCAGGUGGUGAUCCAUAUUGCUAUUUUGAAGACAGACUAACUUUUUCUGAUUCUCAUCAUUUGUUACUCUGUGCAUGUCAUCCUACUUUUAACGAAUCUGAAGAAAAUGUGCCAAAUUAUGCACGCUGCAAGCUUUUGGAAUUCAAAGUGCACGCGUUUCGUGAAAUUCUUCUGCAGCAAAUUUUGCCACACCAAUUUUUGGAAUUUCAUACAAAAGCAGUGAAAUUCUAUGAGAAAUAUGCAAGGAAAUGUAGCGGUUGUGGUAGUGGGACGUUUUGCAAAACUCCUGGGAAACAGCAAAAACUAAAAGUGGCAAUUGAAAAAAUGUCUCCCAAAAUUUCCUUGGGCAGAACACAAUCAGCAUCUACAAAUAGCAAUGUGGAAAGAAAAAGAUAUCAGAAAAGAAGUUUUUUUUCUGUAGGGGGAACAGAAUUUUUAGAUAUGGAACAUGAUCUUAGGAAAAUUAGUAUCCUUCCUACCGUGCUGGACCAAGAACCAGAUGAUUUUUCAGCAAUGUCCACAGAAUAUUCUUCAGUCACUUAUGUUAAAAGACGUAAAAAUCGUAAUUCCUGGAAAAUAUGUUGUUUUACAAGAAACAAAAGACUUGUAUAUCCAAGUGCUACUGGUACAGAUCCUUCUUUAAAUUCCCAAUUGAAAUUAUUUGGAUCUGUCGAUUUUCGCAAUUGUCAAUGCAAUUACAUUAUAAACUGUAUUUAUUGGAAACUCCUUUAUCACGCAAAGCACUUAGGCGAAGCUUAUGUGAUGCUAGGCAAAUUUUUAGAAGCCAAAGAAUCCUAUUUGCAAGCUUUAAAUCUUCGCAGCAUAAAAUUUCCCAUGGAACAGCCUUUGCUGUGCUUUAAUAGUUUACAUGAAAAUUGGAAACUGUGGCUGCAACGGGAAUGCAGUGAUUACCCAAACUACAGAAGAUUGCAUUCUGAUAAAGCAGCAACGAUAUGCCAAACUUGCUCACUGCUCAGAAGUCUUUCUAAUUUAUAUAGAAGAGAGGAAAAUUGGAAAUUAGCAAACUUAGCAGCACUUCAAAGUUUAAACAAAAGUUUCGAAUAUUCAACAAGCUUUAUCGAUACAUGUGAAUCUUACUUAACUGCGGUUACUACUUACCGUGAAUUAGGUGAUUUGAACAUGUCCAAAAAAUUAGAAAGAAUCAUAUUGAAAAUAAUGAAAACAAAAGGAUGGUGGACAAACGUAGAGGAAAUUGUCAAAACAGCAGAAGUAUACAUGUCAAUCUUUUAUAACAGAAUAUUACGAGGUGAAUUGAGGCUAUCACUAAUAGUGGGUUUUAAGGUGUUACGAAUUGCUGCAGCACUUCAUCUAUCCCGAAUGAAACUGUCCAUAAUUCCACUCCUAGUACAAAUCAUGAUAAAAACCAAAAGAGUUCACGAGGCAGUCGACUUGAUGCAAUUACUGUCAUUCCUUGCUGAAGAGGAUAUCGAUAAGACUGCAUUUACCUGGUAUUAUGCACUGUGUCUUGAUUUCAUCCUGGACGUAGGAAUAAUAAUCGAAACUUACGAAGAUUGUUCAUCAUUCGCCCAAAAACUUCUAAAAGAAUCAAAUUCGGGAUGUUACACAGCACGAGAUCCUGACAGUUUGAAACGGUUAUUAACAGGACUUUGGUCCUGGCAGCUUAGAAUGGGUAAACUAGUCAUCGAUGACAUCGUGUACUAUCCAGAAUCUUAUUUAAAGGAUAUGAAACAUCAUAACUUCAGUCGAAUUCUUACAGUGUGCAAAGUCCUGGAAUGUUAUCUGAUAGUCGUGACACGUUGUAUAAAUAUGAAAAAAGCAGCAAUCCUUAUGGAAUUACGCACUGGUAUCAAUUUACUGAUAAGACAGCUGAAUGGUAUUUCAAAAGUAUCGAGUUUCGUGAAACCACGACUAUACUUAUUGAAAUCCUAUCUGGCAGCAAUUCGCGGGUGCGACACGACUGUAAGAAUAUAUUUAUCGAAAGGCAAAAAGUAUGCGCUCCUUCAGGAGAAUCAAAUGAUGACAGCGUGGAUCAAACAAAAUACUUUGACAUGGCAACACAGACGUGACGUUUUAUCUCAAGUUUGGGUAGAACAAGUCGGUUUCGGGAAGACAUUUGACUCGCACCAGAUUUACAAUUUCAAUAUUGGCGACUGGUCGGCCAUAUUGUAUCAGCUGCCAAUACCCGAGAAACAUUUCUAAUAAUAAAUCUAGCAAUAAGUAUAACGGAUAGAAAA